UGCAGACCUUCAAGCAUGAGUGAGCAUAGAUGUCACGGUGUGAGGGCACGUGAGGUCUGUGAAGAGCUGUGUCUGACGUGUGGGCUUCACAGAGGAAGAGCUCACAGCCAUGGGAAGAUACUCUCUGGGGACCUUCAGCUGCACCUUGACAUCUUUUGUUCCCCCAGGGAACGGGAGUCCCCAGCUGAGGUCGGCCGUGAGUACUCACCUGCAGCCACCACUGCGGAAAAUGGGGGCGGCAAGAAAAAACAGAAAGAGAAGGAGCUGGAUGAGCUGAAGAAGGAGGUGGCCAUGGACGACCACAAGCUGUCCUUGGAUGAGCUGGGCCGCAAGUACCAAGUGGAUCUGUCCAAGGGCCUCACCAACCAGCGGGCCCAGGACAUUCUGGCUCGGGAUGGACCCAAUGCCCUCACCCCACCCCCGACCACCCCUGAGUGGGUCAAGUUCUGUCGCCAGCUUUUCGGGGGCUUCUCCAUCCUGCUGUGGAUUGGGGCCAUCCUCUGCUUCCUGGCCUACGGCAUCCAGGCUGCCAUGGAGGAUGAACCAUCCAAUGACAAUCUGUAUCUGGGCGUGGUGCUGGCAGCUGUGGUCAUUGUCACUGGCUGCUUCUCCUACUACCAGGAGGCCAAGAGCUCCAAAAUCAUGGAUUCCUUCAAGAACAUGGUGCCUCAGCAAGCCCUCGUGGUGCGGGAAGGAGAGAAGAUGCAGAUCAAUGCGGAGGAGGUGGUGGUGGGAGACCUGGUGGAGGUGAAGGGUGGAGACCAAGUGCCUGCUGACCUCCGGAUCAUCUCUUCUCACGGCUGUAAGGUGGAUAACUCAUCCCUAACAGGCGAGUCGGAGCCCCAGACCCGCUCCCCCGAGUUCACGCACGAGAACCCCCUGGAGACCCGCAAUAUCUGUUUCUUCUCUACCAACUGCGUGGAAGGCACUGCCAGGGGCAUCGUGAUUGCCACAGGUGACCGGACGGUGAUGGGCCGCAUAGCCACUCUGGCCUCAGGCCUGGAGGUCGGGCGGACACCCAUAGCCAUGGAGAUUGAGCAUUUCAUCCAGCUGAUCACAGGGGUGGCUGUGUUCCUGGGGGUAUCCUUCUUCGUGCUGUCCCUCAUCCUGGGCUACAGCUGGCUGGAGGCAGUCAUCUUCCUCAUCGGCAUCAUCGUGGCCAACGUGCCUGAGGGGCUGCUGGCCACUGUCACUGUGUGUCUGACCCUGACAGCCAAACGCAUGGCUCGGAAGAACUGCCUGGUGAAGAACCUGGAGGCGGUGGAGACGCUGGGCUCCACCUCCACCAUCUGCUCCGACAAGACGGGCACCCUCACCCAGAACCGCAUGACCGUGGCCCACAUGUGGUUUGACAACCAGAUCCAUGAGGCCGACACCACAGAAGAUCAGUCUGGGGCCACUUUCGACAAACGAUCCCCCACGUGGACCGCCCUGUCCCGGAUUGCUGGUCUCUGCAACCGUGCUGUCUUCAAGGCAGGGCAGGAGAACAUCUCUGUGUCUAAGCGGGACACAGCUGGUGAUGCCUCCGAGUCAGCUCUGCUCAAGUGCAUUGAGCUGUCCUGUGGCUCCGUGAGGAAGAUGAGGGAUAGAAACCCCAAGGUGGCGGAGAUCCCUUUCAACUCAACCAAUAAGUACCAGCUGUCCAUCCACGAGAGAGAAGACAGCCCCCAGAGCCACGUGCUGGUGAUGAAGGGGGCCCCCGAGCGCAUCCUGGACCGGUGCUCCUCCAUCUUGGUGCAGGGCAAGGAGGUCCCUCUGGACAAGGAGAUGCAAGACGCCUUCCAGAAUGCCUACCUGGAGCUGGGAGGACUGGGGGAGCGAGUGCUAGGCUUCUGUCAACUGAAUCUGCCUUCUGGAAAGUUUCCUCGGGGCUUCAAAUUCGACACAGAUGAGCUGAACUUUCCCACGGAGAAGCUCUGCUUCGUGGGGCUCAUGUCCAUGAUUGACCCUCCACGGGCUGCCGUGCCGGACGCUGUGGGCAAGUGCCGGAGUGCAGGCAUCAAGGUCAUCAUGGUGACCGGGGACCACCCUAUCACAGCCAAGGCCAUUGCCAAAGGUGUGGGUAUCAUAUCAGAGGGCAACGAGACGGUGGAGGACAUUGCAGCCCGGCUCAACAUUCCCGUCAGCCAAGUCAACCCCAGAGAAGCCAAGGCGUGUGUGGUGCACGGCUCUGACCUGAAGGACAUGACGUCAGAGCACCUGGACGAGAUCCUCAAGAACCACACGGAGAUUGUCUUUGCCCGGACGUCUCCUCAGCAGAAGCUCAUCAUCGUGGAGGGCUGUCAGAGGCAGGGAGCCAUCGUGGCGGUGACAGGGGACGGGGUGAACGACUCCCCCGCGCUGAAGAAGGCGGACAUCGGCAUUGCCAUGGGCAUCGCUGGCUCUGACGUGUCUAAGCAGGCAGCCGACAUGAUCCUGCUGGACGACAACUUUGCCUCCAUCGUCACGGGUGUGGAGGAGGGCCGCCUGAUCUUUGACAACCUGAAGAAAUCCAUCGCCUACACCCUGACCAGCAACAUCCCCGAGAUCACCCCCUUCCUGCUGUUCAUCAUCGCCAACAUCCCCCUGCCUCUGGGCACUGUGACCAUCCUCUGCAUUGACCUGGGCACUGACAUGGUCCCUGCCAUCUCCUUGGCCUAUGAGGCAGCUGAGAGUGACAUCAUGAAGCGGCAGCCGAGAAACCCGCAGACAGACAAGCUGGUGAACGAGAGGCUAAUCAGCAUGGCCUAUGGACAGAUCGGGAUGAUCCAGGCGCUGGGUGGCUUCUUCACCUACUUCGUGAUCCUGGCAGAGAAUGGUUUCCUGCCUUCACGGCUGCUGGGAAUCCGCCUCGACUGGGACGACCGGUCCAUGAAUGACCUAGAGGACAGCUACGGACAGGAGUGGACCUAUGAGCAGCGCAAGGUGGUGGAGUUCACGUGCCACACGGCCUUCUUCGCCAGCAUCGUGGUCGUGCAGUGGGCUGACCUCAUCAUCUGCAAGACCCGCCGCAACUCAGUCUUCCAGCAGGGCAUGACGAACAAGAUUCUGAUUUUUGGGCUCCUGGAGGAGACAGCACUGGCGGCCUUUCUGUCUUACUGCCCGGGCAUGGGUGUGGCCCUGCGCAUGUACCCGCUCAAGGUCACUUGGUGGUUCUGCGCCUUCCCCUACAGUCUCCUCAUCUUCAUCUACGAUGAGGUCCGAAAGCUGAUCCUGCGGCGAUAUCCAGGUGGCUGGGUGGAGAAGGAGACAUACUACUGAGCCCGUUGGAAAGAAGAGUCAAGCAUGGGAAAGACGGGGGGCCCUGAAGGUGUCGCAGGGAUGGCGUUGGGGAGGGGUGGAAAACAGUGGGGUGGCAUUUGGGGAGAAGACUUGGGGCGAGAGAAUGAGGCAACUCAGCAGGCCGAGUUGCGGGCAGUGGGUAAUUCAGCUUGGGGUGAUUUUGCCCCAGGGGCCCAUCUAGGAGCAAUCAGCCCAGACACUACAUGUCAGGGGUCCCUCCCCAGAUCCUGCCCCACUCCACUCCACGUGCUGUCUAUCUUACCUGAGGAACCGAGGGGUCCCCAGCCCUCCCCGGUCCCUGUUCCUUCACCCCCACCUCCCACUAGAACAGAUCAACACCAAAAGGCAGGGAUCUGUCUAGACCAGGAGGAGAACUGUCUCAGAUCACCAGUGCCCCUUUAUCUCUCCAACCUCACCCCACUCCCCACCUUCACCCCUCAUUUGCUUCCUGCCCAGCUCUGUCCCCUGCUUCCCCCUCAGACCUGGAAAUCACAAAUGGUGCCUCCUGGUGAGUGCUAGGGCCUGAGGCUAGAAAGGGAAGCCAGCCGGUUGGAGAAGCAAGCCUGUCUCCCAGUCAAAGCCAUUUAGGAAGCGCCAGAGGAGAGCUGGGCAGACAGGUGGGAGAGGGGGGUAUGGCGAGCAGGCGGACAGGAAGUGAGACAGAAUGUCAGUACAGGAUGUCUGACAUAGAUCUCUGGGCUCCAGCUCUGUGACCUGCCCUUCAGAGCAGCGGUCCCCAACCUUUUUGGCACCAGGGGCUGGCUCCGUGGAAGACGGUUUUUCCACGGACGGGGAGGGGUGGUGCAGGGAAUGGUUCAGGAGGUAACGCCAGCGAUGGGGGGCGAUGGGGGGCUGCGGAUGAAGCUUUGCUCGCUCACAACCACUCACCUCCUGCUAUGUGGCCCAGUUCCUAACAGGCUGCGGACCUGUAUCGGUCGGAGGCCCGCGUGUUGGGGACCCCUGCUUUAGAGCACCCCGCCAGUAGAACCAGUUCCAAUGUCACCAGAGUAGCACAGAGGCAGGACCAGGAGGCAAUCUGAGGAGCUUCACUGAGAUUCCACACCCGUGUGCCCGUGGUGUUCCCCACUGACCCUUGGUUUGUGGUCUGUCGGUCCCCGAGGCCUCGGUGUCACAGAUGCUCCAGUUCUCUCCACCACGUGUGCUUGGUAACACCCCGCCCUUUAGAAUGUUAAGUCCUCAGAAGUUCCAUGUGGUGCCGAGAGGGGGACCUGCCAGCUCAUUCCCUGCCCCUCCCCCCUUCCCCUUCAUGCCCAUCCGGAUGAACCUGCGUCACUCCCAGGCACUGCCAAGCCAGCCCUGGCAAAGGAGGUCCCUGGCCAUAAGCUGGAAUUGGGGUAGAGAAGUUCCCAGAAA